UGGUCAAGAGUAUUGUUUAAUUUCUUUGAUUGAAUAAUUGUACGAAUGAUAUCGAACAUCGAUUGUUCUUAUAUAUCGAUUGUUCUACAACAAUCUGAAUCCAUAAUGAAUUUCUGCAACAAUUGAAACCUGCUUAUCGUCCAACACUAGUGGGAUCCAUUUUCUGCGUUGUUGUGACAUUUUGAUAAAGCCAGAAAAUAUAUUUAAACGUGAUUAAUAUGUUACACUUUCGCUAAUUACUAUAAUCAGGUGAUGAAUAACGGUAAAGAACAACAAUACUGCAAAUAAAUAUUUAUUCUGACGUGUAUACAAGUUCACUAUGGGUUGAAUCAGUGAUCGCUUUCGGCAUACAUUCAUGAUUCUCUUUCCAGUUUUCUGAUAAACAUUAAAAUGGAGCUGGAUGUAUCGCCUAUAAACACAAUUGAUACCGAUAUGGAUUACCCAGAUAAUUCUUCAGACAACAAAUACUUGACAUGUGUAAACAAUGAACCGCCUUAUUCAGUUAUACGUAUUCCAGAGGAUGAUGAAAAAACUAGCAAGCAUUCGUCCAGAAAACAAUCUAAGAGAAGAAAAAAAAGCUCUAAUCAUACUAGACCUUUACCUAGAAUUAUAGUAAAGCCCUUACCGCCUCCACCCCCACCAGAGACUCGAGAAUGGACAGCAGCCACAUCUUAUUCAGAACAAAGCAGUAGUAGUAAACCUUCCACUAUGCGUGAAGUGCUUGCAAGUAUCCCCGGUUUCUGCCUUAAACCCCGGAAACGAAGUGGAAAGAAAUUAUCAACAGCUGCACAAUUACAACAAACCAGAGAAGGCUGUAUUGAUUUAGAAACACCUGAUUCGAUUUUAGUCAAUACUAAUAUAAGAGCAUUACUAAACAAACACACAUUUUCGCUUCUUCCGCCUUUAUACCAGUAUAAGUUAGGCCAGUUGCUACCAAGUGUUGAUCGGUUAAGUCCAUCUGGUCGCCUUAAUUCUUCUAGUCUGAGUAAUGAAUUUUUUGCCCGUGCUUGUUUAGAAUGGCAAGAUAGCCUGUCUGGUGGAGAAUUUACUCCAGAAAACCAACAAAAAAUGAAGACUGAAGCUGAAAGAGAGAAAAGUAAAAUAGAUCCAUGGAAGCUAAAACACUUUGAACCAUUUUGGGGUGAAAAGUCUAAUCGAGAUAAAUCAGGAAUCAGCAUAAACACAGAGAGGCCAUCAUUGAAGACAACAAUAAAAUUGAGACCAACAGCUUCUAUAACAAGCAGUAGUACUGUUCCUAAAAUAAAGAAAAGUAAAUCUAGCAAUAGUAAAAGAAUGCGCUCUGUGGGUGCUGUCACUAGAUCAUCUGCAAAGGUGGAUGAUAUCAUAGAUGAUGUUAACAUGGGGACUAAAUCAUCAGCUCCACUACCAGACUUAUUGCCCAUCAAACAUGUUAAAGGCCACCACCAAGGAUAUGUAGACUGUCAAGCAGAUUUCAGUUUCUCAGAUUCCUCAUCAGUGCCUCAAAUGGAUGAUGCUGCAUCAGUUACACCAGUAGAUCCACUUAUGGAUCCACUUUUGCCUGAUAUUGAGUCUGACCGCAGUGAAACUAAAAAUGAUCUUAAUAUUAAUGUAGUAACUAUUGAAGAGUCCUUGGUUCAAAAAAGUAGCAGUGAAGAAGAAAAAACAACUGAAUGCAGCUUCUCUGAUUCUAUCAAAAGAUCUAAUGAAAGUGAUAAUGAAUAUAUUUCCAUAACAAAAAGAAUUAAAUUUGAAGAUGAAUAUGAAUUAGACAAUGCUAGUUUUAUGCCAAAUAAUGUUUCUGGUGGUCCAGUUAGUAAUAAUGGAUCUGACACUGAACUGAACUAUGUUGCUGAGCAGGCUUGCUCAAGUGAUGAAUUUAAUGUCAUGCCUAGUCGAGAUCAAACAGAGAACAGUGAAGAUAGCAAAGCAACUUUACUUUUAUCUGAAUAUGAUGAAAGGAGUAUAUCUUCAGUUGCAAGUUUAAAAAUUGACACACCCUCAAAUAAUAUACACACAAGUGAAAUAGUUGCUAAUAUAGAUAGCAACACGACAGAAAGUAUAGUAACAGAUGUUGAAGAACCUCAUAUAGGAGAGGAUUUAGAAAAAUCAUCUAUAUCACAAGAAAUGCAUCACAAAUAUACAAUAGAGAAUGUGGAAGAAAUUAAAUUAGAGGAUACAAAUUUAACUGAAAUGUCAACAAAUACACUAAUUAUAGAUGAAGAAAUACCUGACAAUAAAACUGAAUUUGUACAAGAAUUGGAAUGUCAUGUACCACAAACCAAUAUAAAAAAUGAUCACCCAAGCAAUAAUGUUAAAAACGAAGAAAGACAAGUUGAUAGUGUUCAAAGCUAUUAUGAUGAACAUUUCAAAGAUGCUGAAUCAUUUAUUUUAGAAACAAGUGGAUUGUCAAUACUAACAUCACAGAGUGAAGAUAUAAAGUUUGCUCCACAUCCUAACUUAAUGGAGUUAUCUUCUUAUAUGAGUGAAACCAAUGUAACAGCUGUUGUGACAAUGCCUAUGACACAGAAUUCAUCAAUACCCAUGAUGGAAGUUACAAAUACUUCUAUUGUGUCAUAUCCUGAUGAUAGUAUGCAGGAUCCUGCAAAACCUAAAACAUCAGCAGUUUCUUGGAAAAGUGAUAGUGAAUGGAUCAAUAGUGAAAAUAUUGUGACACUACAUUCUUUUUCAAACAUAAAUAACGAAAAUACAAAAUAUGUAAAUGAAGAUUCAAAGACAAGUAUGGAGGAUCUGAGUAUCAAUGAUGAGAACUGUAUGUAUAAAGAAGAUAGAGAUGCCAAUUUUAAUAUGGAAUCUUCAAACUCAUCAGAGAGUUGUCAGUCUAUGAAAGAAAUGUCGAUGAAACAGGAGGCUGAUACCAUUCCUAGUAUAUUAUCAGGUACAACAGCAACAAAUGUGUCAGUGAAUGCAACUACCAGCUUAACACAAACUAUCAGAACUGCUGGGAAGAAAUCAAAAUCGGGAAAAGAAUCUAACAGGAGCCGCAGUUCGAAUAAGGUCCCGCCUGGUGCUGUUAACCUCGAACGCAGCUACCAAAUAUGCCAGGCCGUGAUCCAGAACAGUCCCAAUAGGGACGCGUUGCGCGGGCAGCUGCGGCCACCCCCCGCUCUCCUGACCCGGCCCGCCCGCCCCCCGCGCCCGGCUCAGCCCCCGCCCCCGCCUCCUCCGCCCCCGCCUCCACCCCCGCCCCCGGUGCUCGUGAGACAGCUGCCCGUCUCCGUUAUGGCUCACAAUGAGAUAAACGAAAAUCGGACUAAUAACGUCGGGCAGUACAUUCUGGUGCAGAGGACUCCGAAUGUCGCACCACGAGCAUCCAGUGCUCCGCCGUCUAAUCAAAAUUCUAAUGUGGAAGACGAAAAUAUGCCAGAAAAAAGACCCAGUGACUUUUUGCCAUCAAAGGUACCUAUGAAUAUUCCCAAUCUUAUACAAAUCAAAGCGAGGAACUCGUUGGCGCAAGUGAGCGUGGCUAGAUGUCGAAGCGUGGGUGCCGAAGAUUCGUGCGUUUGUAACCUACGCGCGAUGAUCCUAUGCAAGAAGUGCGGCGCGUUCUGCCACGACGACUGCAUCGGGUCCGCCGAGCUCUGCCUCACCUGCCUCAUCCGCUGACGUCACUCUUGCCAACUGUGAACGUCCAAGCCUCGCGCGUUUCUAAUCUUCGCGCGAUGAUCCUAGGCAAGAAGACUCGUGCGUUUGUAACCUACGCGCGAUGAUUUUAUGCAAGAAGAGCGGCGCGUUCUGCGACGACGACUGUAUCGGGUGCGCCGAGCUUUGCCUCUCCUGCCUCAUCCGCUGACGUUGCUCUUGCCUACUGCGACGUCCAAAACUCGUGCGUUUGUGACCUACUCGCGAUUAUCCUAUGCAGGAAGUGCGGCGCGUUCUGCCAUGGUGACUG